AUGGGCGAGCUUGCCGAGUUUCUGGCUCAGAAUGACGCCGCUUUUCGAAGAUUACCCGCCCUAUACGCCGACUUCCGACCGCAGCGAACGUUGAACCCCGAUGGCUACAGCGCCAACGUGACGGCGUGGCGGCACGCCUUGUCGCUGCUGGCGAGACGCGGUCUCUUGUCGCAGGGCACCAACACAAAUAUAUUAAUACUCAACUUGGAGGAAUCGCUACUUCGGAAGCUGGAGAGCCGGCAGUUUGGGCAGCCGCUGGCGCUCGGCACCGUGGUCCGUGAAUCCAUCGCCGCCAGCGUCAUGUUCCCCGUGCAGACGUUCCUGCAGGCGCAGCAGAGCGUUUUCCAAAAGAGCUGGUCGGGCGUGCCGUGGGCCAUCAUGGGCUGGACGCUGCGACAGAUGGGCCUCGUGGACCCGGCCAGGGGCGACGACAGGCUGCCCAAGGGCCAGUACGUGCUGCUGGAGAACGUGGAGGCGGCGACGAAGCAGUUCAGCGACAUCAUGGCCGAGCACACGUCCAAGUUUGAUCGGGUCUUUACAAAGUCGCAGUUUUACAACACGUUUGCGUCGGAUCUGAUUGACAGUCAACGACUCUCCGAGGCAGACAUGAAUGUUUUGCUGUGCUAUCUGUCCCGAGACAAGGGCCUCAUUGAAUACGACGGCAGAAUUGUACGGGUCAAGGGUGUCGGGGACCAGUCCGGCAUUACAGAAGACGACAAGGCCAUUGCCUCGCUCAAGGAAGUCACACUCAAGGUCAAGCACCAGGCGGACCUGCUCAGCGCCCGCAUCGACGAGUUGGAGCUGGACGCGAAGAAGGCGCUCGCGCGCAAGAACAAGGUGUCGGCGUUGGCCGCGCUGCGGCAGAAAAAGGCGGCCGAGCAGACGUUGUCGACGCGCUACGCGACGCUGAACCAGCUCGAGGAGACGGCCAACAAGAUUGAGCAGGCCGCCGACAACGUUGCCGUCGUGCGGGCUCUUGAGGCAUCGAGCGGCGUGCUGCGGAGCCUCAACGCACAGAUUGGCACGCCGGACAAGGUCGACACCGUCAUGGACGAGCUGCGCGAGCGCGUGGCCGACACGGAAGAGCUCGCCGCGCUGCUCGCCGAGUCGACGGGCGCGCCGGUUGACGACGGCGAAAUCGACGACGAGCUCGCCGAGAUGGAGCGCGAGGCCAGGGACAAGGAGGAGGAGAAGCAGGCAGAGAGCGCAAAGCACGAAAUCGAGAGCCUCCCAGAGGUGCCGACGGCGGAAGUGUCGCCGCAGAAGCAGCCUGCAAGAGAGAAGUCGCCCACGUCGGAAACGGGAAUCGGAAAGCUGUCGCUGGCAGACUAG